GUCAUGAUGAUAGUGUUCAGAACAUCUUCCUGUCAUCUUUUCUCUGCCCCUGCUGCUGCUGCUGCUGCUGUGGCUGCUGAUACCGUUUUCAUUGUUGUUGUAGAUGCUUGUGAUGGUAUCCACAGUGAGGAACAUCACUGAUGUGUGCGUGUGUCUGUGUGUGUAAUGGGAUGUCUUGUCGGCUGGAAAAUGGCAGGCGAGGUAUUAUGGACACGCAUAGAUGCACUGUCAAUCACACCUAUUAUGUGUGUGCGAAAUGACAGGACAUGAAAGCAAGAUGGGGCGAAAAAAGGAAGACGACUGUCGGAUGGAGGAGCGAGUAGAGUCGUUGCUAUGGUGAGGGCCUUCGGUUUCCUGGGAAGAUGACAGAGUGCUUUUCUGCCCGCGGAGAGAGAGAGAGUUGUUGUUGUGUUUGUGUUGUGUGAGCCACACAUUAAUCGGUAUGCGUCAUCUAGGCAUUUGUUUGGCAUCUAUGCUUGCCCAGUGUAUUGUAGUGUGUGUGUGUGUGUGUGUGUGUGUGGGUGUAACUAUAUGUGGGUGUGGGUGUGCGUGUGCACAUGUGGCCAGUAUAUUGUAUGUAUAUAUAGAGGCCUAGUGUGUGUGUUUGUGUAUUCCAGUUUAGCAUCUGCCAGUGGGUUGAGGGUUGACCCACUUUCUGCCGCUGUCCCCUCUGCCCUUUGUUUUCCUUCGACCAAGGGCGUUCACGCAUCACACACGGCACAUACCCCGCAUAUCCGCACGAUGAAACAAAAACAAAGGGAAGCAUGUCGGAUAUACCUUCUAAUCUAAUCAAAAGUACACCUCGUUUCACAGUGUUCUCUUUCCUCGUCCUUUUCGUAUUCUUUAAUACGUUUUAGGUUAGGUUCAGUUUUGUUUUGUGUCAUUUGGAUACUCCCCUAUUUUCGAAAGAAUAGGUGGAAAUGCGCACAUGAGAAACGGUUGUUGUAGUCACAAUAAUGUUUAUCGCUCGGCUCUUGAUGUUUCAUCGUCCACUAGGCUGAAUAAAACCCAUAAACCUACAGAGCCCGGUUGUCCCAUGAGGUCACUCACUUCUUCAUCCAUCUUCUGGCUGUGCGUGAGUCAACAUUUUCAAGUAAAAUUGCGCAAAGGGACAGUCCGGACGGUGAUGUCUGGGUUGUUUGUGGUGUUGCUUUGGGCCUGCGUGUCUUGAGUUGAUGUGUGUGUGUGUGUGUGUCAGUGUGUGUGUGUGUGUGUGUAUAUGCGUAAGAGGAUUAGCACUGGUCACGUGUUGCGCUAGAGCUUAAAACCUGUUGUGUGAUGAGAAGGUGGGUGAGGUUGAGGUGGGGGCGGAGGUAGAACCAGUGAGAACGGAGCAGUGCUGCGGCGCAAGUCGAGAGAUGGACAAGAGGUUUCCUGUAUGCUGUGGUGGUUAGCUCUCCUUCUGAGGGGAGUGAAGAUCACUAGCCAAACUGGUUAGCUACCAGUCCCACCAACGGACCUUCCUCUAAGAGAUGUUAUGCCAUUUGUUGACGAACGAGAAGCCUAUUUGUCAUUCGGCAAGUCGGUCCAGCAAUAUCUCUAAGGCGGGCAGCCCCACCUCGGUGAACGCACCAUGCAGCUUCUCCAGGACGUCCGUCACUCCGUCCAACCAGGACAUCUGCAGCGGCAGCAGCCGGGACCGGGGCGUGCAGAGACAGCAGAGCACGGUGGUUCUGUUGAGUUCCCACUGUAAACACUCCCCGUGGGGCGGGGGGGUCUCGGUCACCGCGCUGUGUGCCCCCCUACCGCCACCGCCCCCGCCACCACCGCCCCCGCCACCACCGCCACUGCUGCCGCCCCACCAGCCGCCCAGACCCCCGGGCGGGGUCUCCUCGGGGGGCACGGACUGGCUCUCCCUCCUCCGGCCCCCCCCCGCCGUCGUCCUCGCCCCCGCCGGCAGCCUCCGCUUCUCCCACUCGCUGAACGACAUCGGGCGCCGCGCGGACAGCCUGUGCAGCGGCCUGCACUUCAUCGACCGCACCUGCUCCGACGGAGAGCUGCAGGGGGGGCGGCCCGACCCGCCCGGCGGCAGCGCGGCGCCGCAUCAGACCGCCGACCCGCCGGGCGGCCGCGGCCCCCAGCCACGGCCCCCGCCCUACCUGGUCCCCUCCUUCACCAACAACUACCAGUACAUGGUGCCAGCAACCGUGGGGUCCCACCCCCAGCACCAUCAGCGCUCCCCCGGCCAACCCCAAGCCAUCCCCCGCCCCCAACCACAACAACAACAGCAACAACAGCGACAACAACAACAACAACAACAACAACAACAGCGAGGACAGCACCCCUCCCCCGGCUCCAACGACGUCCUCCACCUCUUCCUCCCGCUGUCCCACUCCUCCACCUCGGCCAGCCUGCAGGGCUUCGAGCUGGGCAGCUUGGCCUCUCGCCUGCACAUCAGCUCCUCCUCCAGCGCCCUGCUGGGCGGCACCGAGCCAGGGCGGGCCCCGCAGGGCCUCCUGCUGGGGGCGGACGGGGACGACAGUGUGUUCGAGGAGGACCAGGGGACGAGGAGCGGCAGGAGCAGCGGCAGCGGAGCGUCCUUGGGGGGUAACUCCCGUGCCGGGCUGAGCUCCCAGCAGGCGCCCCUCUGCUGUAUGGAUGAGGACGAGGACCUGGACCGCUGCCCGUCCUCGCUCUCUGGCAAGAGCAGGCCUUUCUUACCCUAUUCCCUGUCUGGGGACUUCUGCAGGAUCUGCCACUGCGAGGGCGACGAGGAGAGCCCCCUGAUCACGCCGUGCCACUGCACCGGCAGCCUGCGCUACGUCCACCAGUCCUGCCUGCAGCAGUGGAUCAAGAGCUCCGACACCCGCUGCUGUGAGCUCUGCAAGUACGAGUUCAUCAUGGAGACCAAGCUCAAGCCCCUGCGCAAGUGGGAGAAGCUGCAGAUGACGGCCAGUGAGCGCAGGAAGAUCAUGUGCUCGGUGACGUUCCACGUCAUCGCCAUCACCUGCGUGGUGUGGUCCCUCUACGUCCUCAUCGACCGCACUGCCGAGGAGAUCAAACAAGCGGGAAGAAUCCCAGGGAUCCUCGAGUGGCCGUUCUGGACCAAGCUGGUGGUGGUGGCCAUCGGCUUCACGGGGGGCCUGGUGUUCAUGUACGUGCAGUGUAAGGUCUACAUCCAGCUGUGGCGGAGACUCAAGGCGUACAACAGGGUCAUAUACGUCCAGAACCGCCCCGACACCUGCAAAAAGCUGGCUCUGGAGAAGCCUCCUCUGAUGGAGCCCAGUCUGGAGAACAAGGAAGCUCUGGCCCCGGCCCUGUCGGACACAAACUCAUCCCAGUACACAGAGACAGAGGAGUACAGCAUGGAGGUGCUCCACGUCUGAGCUCCCUGCCCGCCCCCCCCCUAUUUCCCACCUCGCACACAAGGCAGUAUGGCACAAUGUUCAUGUACACAAAACAGUCCGCCGUUGAUGGCGGUGGAUGGAUGAACUCUGCUGCGGUGAACACCAUCCGUCCCCUUGAUGACCAAGGUGAUUUUUUUUGUCUGAAAGUACCCUCCUAAACACCCCUGUCAUGUGACAGGGGGGUGGCGGGUCUGACAAGUACAGGACCAGCACCGACCCCUUACUCGUCUUGAACCGACAUCCGUCCAGUUUCCCGCUUUCGGAGCCCUGUUUCAGGUCUGCUUGCGGGCUCCUCAGUGUUUCCCCAGGAACGAAGUGUCUCCAUCGACAAUCUAAAGAGGCCUGGAUGAUGCCACCCUACCCACUUUCACCAAGACGCACAAAACGUCCAAACACGCGUACACGAACCGUUAGGAAAGACGGACCGAGAACCGCGGCCUCUCGAUUAUCUCUAAAUGUUUCCGUUGCGUGGUUUUGAUUUUACUGCGCCGACGGGUUUGGAUAUUUUAAUUGUUUUACCUGCGGCCAGUGUCAGGCACAACUAACCGUGGAGCCGUGAGUGUCCCAUGACCGGAUGUUUUCCGGAACAUUCCAGGUUUCCCGGGCUACCAUACACACACAGCUGUCGGUUAACCGUAAAAAACACAAACAGAAAUGUCUGGACCAAAGCGGUAGUUCUAUCUGCUUCUCACUUGAUCUGACCCCCAAGCCCUGGUCCAAUCUCCCAUGCAUCAAAGCACUUUCUUUUAAUCGUGGUACUUGUAGUUGUUGUUUUCGACAGACUCCAGAAACUCUUGGAUAUAUACCCCCGUUGUCCUCUGAAAAGAUUCAAGUCUUGCAUCCAGUGGAGCGAUGUGAGGGAGAAAGAGAGAGAGGAUUUGUCUGUCCCUGAUUUAUAUUUCAUCUUGUUUGUGCCCUUGUUUUAGCACACACACACACACACACACACACACACACACACACACACACACACACACACACACACACACACUAUAUAUACACUCCUGUGGAUUACGAAAAAAGGAAUAUUAAGAAUUAUAAUGGAAUCCUGCUGAAUCAAUCAUUUCCAGCAUUCGGUCAAAACCACAAAGUCAUCGCCACCACGUGUCCUGUUUCCACCGUCUUUGGUACCACAGGGGGGUUAUAGUUAAACUGAAACACUCAGAUGAUGAAGUUCUCCCCACCCACCACCCCACCCUGCCUCUUCAUCUUAUUUUAACGAAGGCUUCGAGAAUGUAAACUGAAAAUAACAAAACCAGAAAAUCAUUUUAUUUCAUUCUUUUUUUUUACCGGCCGCAGGAAAUUGCGAGAUAAUCUCCACGUCAUGAAUUCAUGUUUAGACGUUCGGAACACGGAAAAAAACGACAAAUAAAAACACACAUCAGCAGCGUAUUUUCUAUCUUGUGAAAUGACACCGUCUUUGACGUCAUGGUACUCCACGUGGCAGUUUUUAAACUAUCUGUUCAUUCGUUGUGCUUAAUCAUAUGGGAUAUGACUUGAGAAAUCCUCUGCUUUCCUAUGUCCUAUGCUGUGCUCUUCUUGACCCUCCCCCUCGUCCCUCCCCCGCCUCGUCCGUCCGUCCCCCCCCCCAGCCAGGGCAGUCACAUCUCCCGCUGACAGAAUCUGCUCAUCGCUAUCAUGGAAACACAGGGAGACACGUGUCGCCAUGGUCCCCUCGUGGUUUUGCCAUGCUACCGCGGUCAGCUUCUGGGGUGGAUGAGGAUGUACUGUCACUCUCCUCAAACGGGACACCCCUGCCUGCUUAGCUUUGUUUGACACAAAAGGGUCAUGCAUGAGGCGGACAGCUGAUAUGUUGAGCACACGGCGCGUUGCCCCGCAUGUAUUUUUUAAGAUGAGUUGAGGGAUCCGUUGCACCCUGAACGGGGGGAUCGCGUUUCACCCCAGGGGUCCUGUGACACGUGGAGAAAGUGCACGUUGCUGUUGAACCAGAGAUCACAAGGUGAUGUGUGUUGUCCCUCUCCCCGGGUUAAGCCUUUUACUCUACAAGUCUUGCAGAGACUAUUGUGUGUGUGUGUGUGUAUAUAUAUAUAUAUAUAUAUAUAUAUAUAUAUAUAUAUAUAUAUAUAUAUAUAUAUAUAUAUAUAUAUAUAUAUAUAUAUAUAUGAUGGGUAAGCAAGCAUCAUUGAUAGACCGAUGAUGACUGCUAUCACUGUAUUUUUACCAUUUUUAUAAAAUUUGAAUAGCGUUGGACAACAACAGAGGGUUAAUUUUUACCAAUCAGCGAAUAAUAUUAAAAUCGAAAUAUAUUUUCUUCCUGCAACGCAAUGUGUGAUGGCAGUUGGUAGCCUACCUAUGUUACUGCUAGCCCGCCUAAUGCAGCAGGUGCAGCUGGACAUAAGCUGUCUCUGUCGCCACCUACUGGUCAAGUUAAGUUACAGUUAUAGCAGAGGGGAGCGGUGGAUUUCUCGAGAUGAUGUGUUUUGGGCUUACAGUCUGUCGCAAAGUGCUUUUGUGUAUUUCGGAGCACAGCAAUUCCAGGCUCAUGUUGAGCCUAACAACCAUUCCAGUUAACAUACAUUUUUACAAACAUCUUUGAUACCAGGACACUGUUCAUAAAACUAACAACGGUCCAAGAUAACAAGUAGUCGUAGUAGUACUGCUGAAGGAAAACAACCGGCGCUUUGUUUCUCAGUACUGCAUACUGUAUUUAUGUACAUGCCCCCCUCAAUGACUUGGGAAUCCAGAGUCUUUCAUCGGUGAAGUCGUGAUGAGCCCAGAGAGUUGUGUGUUGUUGAUGACGCACACGUUGGAUCAAGAUCCGAGAAGUGGUGAAGAUGCUCCCAGACGUGAACUCCCAUGAGGCUCUGUGCAGUUACACGGACAAAAAAAAAGUGCAAUUACCCUUUUGUUGUGGUUCUAUUCUAUAGUCAUUUACUGGUGUUUUGAAGCUCAGAGACUUAUAUAAUUAUUAUAUAAUAUACAAUUAUAUAAUAGUAAUUAUAUAUUAUAUAUGAUUAUUGCUUAACUGUGUAGUAUUUAUUUUAAAAAGUAAAACAUCCUGUGUAAUCGUAAUUGUAUGCAACUUUCACGUAACCUCUCAGGCAUUAGUCCUCGUUCAUAUUUUCUUUUUCGCUUUAUUUUUUGUUAUGAAGGCAAUAGUGUAUAAUAGAGUAUUAUGUGUCCACCUUUUGGACACUAUUGGUUCAUAAUGUAGCCCUUGAAGCAGAUUGGGUAUUUUUGUCACUGUCUCGUGUUCAAUUAUGUCAGACAUGUUUGAUUUUCUUUACUUUAACUUAAAAAAAUACCUGUUGAUUUAGUUUUUAUUUUAGAUAUGUUUUUUGAGAUUAUAGGAGCUGGCUCCUUUACAUUUUUUCUUUUAUGAACCCAGACAGCCUAAAAUAUGUAUAACAUUAAGCCAUCAGCCACAAAUAUGAUCAUGCUAGUCAACAGCUCUAACCUUCUGUUUAUUUUAUUUUUGCUUCCAGAAGACAAAACGAAUCAGGGCCUAAAUGCACCUUCAGAGGUCAAUUUUAUUUUUUUAUUUUUUUCAACCACGCGUAUAACUUAAUUUCGAUUUUCUUUGUGUCUGGGAGAGUGUGACUUGCAUACAACUACGGUUUAUUUUUACUACUGACCGAACUGGCGCAUACACGACUGUUCCCCUGUCUUAUAUCAUUCCACACGUUUGUCUGUGAAUUUUUCUUUGGCAUAGUAACUGUAAAAAUUUAAAAAAAGAUUUGGUAAAAGUAAUUUUACGUUUUUUAAAUGAAAUAUUGAUGUGUUUCAAUAUCAUUUCCCAUGUUUGAACAGAAGUAUGUAGAAUUAAAAAAUGAUCUAAUAAAAAUGCAGAAACUCUUAAA